AUGAAUCAAGGCUUUGCAGGUUGUAUUUGGGUGUACGGUCCAAAACAGUACAUACACUUCGAGCGCAAUUACUUCGAACGUCAUUACUGCAACGGCGGCAUCUAUUGGCUUGCGUUUAUCAACGUUACAGUGCACUUGGCUCUUAUUGCACUUGGAUUACUUCUGCUCUCAUGUUUACUCUGUAGUGGAUUAGUGAAGGAAAAUCGACCGCGGCAACAGGAACAAUGA